CCCUCCCUGAGCCUCCUCACUAACUUUCGGAGCUCAGGAGGACUUUGGACAUGUUCCGCAGCUCCUCUGCACUAAAGAAAGGACUCGUUGUAUUAAAGGAACCCGUGUUGAAGGAUCUUAGUUUGGAGCCGCUGGUUCCCCCGGUGCGGGAGCAGAGGAGCAGCCGGGAUUCUUCUCUUUUCUCCGGCUAACAGAGGCACAGCAGGCCGGGCAGCGCUCCGGAGCUCAGAUCACUUUCUCCUCGCAGAAAGAGCCUCAUUAUGGGCUGCGAGACACCCAGGACCCCCAGGACCCUCUGGACCCUCUGCCUGCUGCUCAGCGUGACGCAGGCCUCCAAGGUGUGGGGGGAGGUCCCUCUGCCCGAGGACCUGGAGGGGGCGGCGACUCUGAAGGUUUCCCACAGCCUGAUGGACGACGACGAGGACUUCGCCGCAGAUGAGGCGUCAGGAGAUCUCCCCAGUGGAGAGGAUGACGGCAGCACCCCGUGGCCCCCCGUCUCCGAGAGCACAAAGAUGGACUCUUCCUCUCCGGGGAACAUUCAGAGCUCCUUUGAACCGGACCUCAUUUACUACCGGGCGCUCGUUAACUUCACCAACUCUCUGGUGUACGGCCCAGAGCUCGAUGACAUCUUUUCCCCCGCCUUCAACGAGAUCUCCGAGGCCGUGGUGGACACGCUGGAGUCAGACUACAACCGGGUCCCCGGAGUGCAGACGGUCAGCGUGGUGCUCAUCAAGAAGAUGAUCAGAGAGGACGGCGUGGACGUGUUCGUGGAGCUGGACGUGGGCUCGGACUACAACAGUAACGACGAGCAGAUCCGCAGCGUCCUGUAUAACGUGGUGAAGGAGGGCGCCAUCGCCUCCUACGUCACCUCGGUGCAGGGCUUCCAGUUCAGACAGCUAGGGGAAGUAACCCCCGCCAUCAGACCCUGCAUGGCAGAUGAACACAGGUGUGGUGACGGCACCUGCAUCCUGAUGGAGUAUCUGUGUGACAACCGGGCGGACUGCAGAGACAUGAGUGAUGAGAACAACUGUGAAACAAGGCAGACGGUUCCUCCAAUCGUCCCCACGACUCCCACCACCACCAGCACCAGCAGGAAGCCAGUGCGGCCCCCCAGCCCCCCGGGGCCCUGCAGGGCCGAUCAGGCCACCUGUCAGAGCGGAGAGUGCAUCCCCCGAGAUUACAUCUGUGACGGGGAGAGGGACUGUAACGACGGCAGCGACGAGAACAGAUGUGGAACUCCCUCUCCAUGUGAACCCAACGAGUUCAAAUGUAAGAACGGCCGCUGCGCCCUGAAGCUGUGGCGCUGCGACGGAGACAACGACUGUGAGGACAACUCCGACGAGACAGACUGCCCCACGAAGGGCCCCGGGGACCGCUGUGCUCCGGAGCAGUUUGAGUGUCUGAGCGACCGGACCUGCAUCCCGGCCAGCUAUCAGUGCGACGACGAGCCGGACUGCCCCGACCGGUCGGACGAAUACGGCUGCACCCCUCCCUCUGUGACCAGCCCGCCGGAAGAGUCCAUUGAGGUGGCGCGUGGGGGGACGGUGACGUUCACCUGUCAGGCUGUGGGAGUGCCCACCCCCAUCAUCACCUGGAGACUCAACUGGGGGCACAUCCCCCUCAGCGGCAGGAUCUCGAUGACCAAUGAGAACGGGCACGGCACGCUGACGAUCCGCGACGUGAAGGAGGCGGAUCAGGGCGCCUACACCUGCGAGGCCAUCAACGCCAAAGGACUCGUGUUCGGGAUCCCCGACGGCGUGCUGACGCUCAUCUCCUCUCCUAACCCAGGGAACUGUCCCCUCGGGUCACUUCACAGCGUUCAGGGUCGCGGUGUUUGCCUGUUUCUGUGCCGGACUCCUCCAAGGAACUGCAAAGGCACCAGACGCUACCGGAAGGCCAGAUCAUGCCUGCGCUUCACUGAGGAGGAGGACUUCAAAGGAGUGAACGUCUCGUACCCCUCCCGCCCCGGCACCCCCCCCCUGUCCUCCACCCAGCUGCUGGUGAACCCCGAGCUGCAGGAGUUCCAGCUGGUAGACCUAUCCCGACGCUUCCUCAACCUCGACUCCUUCUGGACGCUGCCCCGCCACUUCCUGGGGAGCAAGAUUGACUCGUACGGCGGCACUCUGAAGUUUAAGAUCCGCUACACUCUGGCCCGCGGCCUCUCAGAGCCGGUGGAGAAGCCUGAUGUGAUCCUGGUGGGGAACGGACGCCGGCUGGUCUACAAACGAGGAAAACCCACCCCCUCCCGGGUGGUGAACCAGAGGGAGAUCAGCUUCAUUGAGGAUAAGUGGCAGCACUCUAACGGGCGGCCGGUGACUCGGGACGACCUCCUGAUGACCCUCGCUGACCUCGACAGCAUCAGCAUCAGAACCAUCUACGAUAGCCACAUGGUCAGCGUGGCGCUCAGCGACAUCAUCAUGGAGACCACCACCGUGGAGUUCAGCACCAUGGGGCACGCGUACGACGUCGAGGAGUGCAGAUGUCCCCCCGGUUACUCCGGUCUCUCCUGUGAGUCCUGCUCCUCUGGGUUCGAGCGGGUUCCUGGAGGUCAGUAUUUGGGAACGUGUGCCGGCUGUAACUGCAACGGACACGCCAGCGCCUGCGACCCGAUCAGCGGAAACUGCCUGAGCUGCCUGCACAACACCGAGGGUCCUCAGUGUGAUAAAUGUCGCUCCGGAUACUUCGGAGACCCGAGUCGAGGCCGACCCGACGACUGCAAGCCGUGCCCCUGCCCGUACUACGAGACCUCCCGCCGAUUCUCUGACAGCUGCUUCCUGGACGUGGACAAGCAGCCGACGUGUGACGCCUGCAGGCCCGGAUACACUGGGAGACGCUGCGAGAAGUGUGCUGCUGGUUUCCAGGGUAACCCCCUCCUGCCCAAUGGGAAGUGUGUUCCUGUCCAAGGCUCUAAGUGUGACAGCAGAGGAAGCAUCAGCUCCAGCAGCUCACCCUGCAGCUGCAAGAACAACGUUGCAGGCGCCCUGUGCGACGAGUGUAAGGCGGGUUUCUUCCACCUGUCAGACCGCGCUGAGGGCUGCCUGCGCUGCUUCUGUAUGGGCGUGACCAAGAGCUGCUCCAGCUCCACCUGGAGCCGCGACCAGGUGCGGGGGUCCGGGCAGCAGUUCUCCCUCUCUAACAGCAGGAACUCUGACACCAUCACAGAGGGGAUCUCUCAGAGAGGAUCGGAGGUCUCGUACCGAGCCUUCAGCAGCCUCCCCAACGACGUGUACUACUGGCUGCUGCCCCCCAGCUUCAGGGGGGACAAGGUGACGGCGUACGGAGGUUCUCUAAGCUACACACUGCGCUUCGAGCCUCUCCAGCGCUCUCUGGCCAUCGACGGGCAGCCGGACGUGGUGCUGCAGGGCAGCGGCAUCUUCCUGGAGCAUUUCUCCAAGACCAGACCCCAACCCAGGACCCCCAGCAGCGUCUCCGUCACCUUCAGAGAGUCGUCAUGGCGACGCGCUGACGGGCAGCCCUGCACUCGGGAACAUCUUCUGAUGGCGCUGGCCGACGUCUCCGUCUUCAUGAUCCGAGCCUCGUACUCCGACCUGAUGGCAGAGAGCAGUAUCUCGGACAUCAAGAUGGACGUGGCGGUCCCUCAGUCCACAGGGAACGAGAGAGCUCUGGAGGUGGAGGAGUGCUCGUGUCCUCAGGGGUACACCGGACCCUCCUGCCAGGAGUGUGAUGUCGGCUACACUCGCUCCAGCUCCGGUCUCUACCUGGGAACCUGUGACAGGUGUGACUGCAACGGACACGCUAACGGCUGCGACUCGGAGACGGGACGCUGUCUGCAGUGUCUCCAUAACACCGCGGGGCCCAGGUGUGAGCACUGUCAGACUGGUUUCUAUGGCAACCCGGUGACGGGCGGUGCUCAGGCCUGUCAGCCGUGUCCGUGUCCUGGAACGGCUUCGAGCAACCAAUUCUCUUCCACCUGUCACCUGGAGGCUGACGGUGUGCCCACCUGUGAUAACUGCCCCCCCGGGUAUAACGGCCGGAGCUGUGAAAGAUGUGCUGCCGGAUACAACGGCAACCCCCCGCUGGGACAGAGAUGCACCGUUGGCAACAACGAAGUCAACGGUAACUGCUAUGACUGUGACCAGAGAGGAAGAGAGAGCUGUACUGGAGGCGUGUGCCACUGCAAGACGAACGUUGAGGGCCCGUCCUGCUCCACCUGCAGACCUGGAACCUUCCACCUCAGCCCUGAAAACAAAGAUGGCUGCCUGUCCUGUUUCUGCAUGGGCGUGACUCAGCAGUGCUCCAGCUCCACCCACUACCGAGACCUGGUUUCCACCGUCUUUACUCCAGGGAACUUCCAGGGCUUCGCUCUGGUGAACCGUCAGCGCACCAACCGAAUCUCCAGCGGCUUCACCGUGGAGGUUUCCACCGAGGGCACGCAGCUGUCCUACACCAGCUUCGACUACCUGGGCCAGGAGCCGCACUACUGGCAGCUGCCCGACGCCUACCAGGGGGACAAGGUGGGCUCGUACGGAGGGAAGCUGAAAUUCACCGUCUCCUACGUGGCCGGAGCCCGAGGAACGCUGAUCGACGACGGAGACGUGCAGAUUAUUGGAAACGACAUCACUCUGGUGGCCCGGCAGCCGUGGCCCCGGAGGGCGGGGGGGAGCCGAGAGACGCAGCGCUUUGAGAUCACCUUCACUGAGGAUAACUGGCGGCGCCCCGAUGGGAUGCCGGCGACCCGGGAGCACCUCCUGAUGGUUCUGGCUGAUCUGGAUGAUAUUUUGAUCCGGGCGACGUUCUCCAGCGAGAUGAUCUCCUCCAGCCUAUCAGAGCUCAGCAUGGACGUCUCCGUGCCCAAUUACAGCGGCCUGGAGCAGAGCCUGGGGGUGGAGCAGUGCCUCUGUCCCCCCGGGUACCUGGGCCUCUCCUGCCAGGACUGCGCCCCCGGUUACACCCGCACAGGGGGGGGUCUGUACCUGGGUCACUGCGAGCCGUGUGAGUGUAACGGUCACUCCGACUCCUGUCACCCGGAGACUGGAAUCUGCACGAGCUGCCUGCACAGCACCCAGGGAGAGCUGUGUGAGCAGUGCGCCGCCGGGUUCUUUGGAGAUCCGACAGCCGGGACCCCCGAGGACUGCCAGUCCUGUGCCUGCCCCCACACCGACCCUGACAACCAGUUCUCCCCCACCUGUGAGAGUCUGGGUAACGGAGGGUAUCAGUGCACCGCCUGCCAGCCCGGGUACACAGGACAGUACUGCGAGCGCUGCGCUCAGGGAUACGUUGGAAACCCCCAGGAGAGAGUCAGGUGUCGACCGUACGAUGCUGCCUCUCUGGUGGUGAAGGUGUACCCAGAGAGGGUCUCCUCCUCUCAGGGGGGGUCGGUCACUCUGCGCUGCCAGGUCUCUGGUUCUCCUCCUCAUUACUUCUUCUGGUCCAGAGAGGACGGGAGGCCCAUCUCAGCCGGCGCCGACCGACGCAGACAAGGAGCAGAGCUGUUCUUCCCCAGCGUGCAGCAGAGUGAUGGAGGCGUGUACGUGUGCACGUGCAGAGACAACCGCAGCACCAACCGCAGCAGGGCGGAGAUCGUGGUCACAAGUGUUCCCUCUAAAGCCAUCGAGGUGACCGUGGAGGAGCCUCAGUCUCAGACCGUCAGGUUGGGGGCCACCGCCAGCUUCAUCUGCACCGCCAAGAGCAAGUCUCCGGCCUACACCCUGGUCUGGACCCGGAAAGGCAACGGGAAGCUUCCCACUCGAGCGAUGGACUUCAACGGGAUCCUGACGGUCCAGAACGUGCAGCCGGAGGACGCCGGCGUCUACGUCUGCACCGGGUCCAACAUGUUCGCCAUGGACGAGGGCACCGCCGUCCUCUACGUGCCAGAGGCCUCACAGACUCAGAUGUUUUACACAGCCUAUGAAAUGUUUGAAGGACACGGGAAGCCUUCAGAAGGCACUCUGCCUGUGGCCAACGUCUCCCCGACCGUCCUGAACGUCAUACAGGGUCAACGGGCAGAGUUUCGCUGCACCGUGACCGGAAACCCCACCGCCGCCAUCGAAUGGAUCGGGGGUCCGGGGAACAGGAUGAGCCCCCGAGCUGUGGUCAGAGGAGGCGUCCUGAGCUUCAGCGCCGUGGAUCCAGCUGAUGAGGGGGAGUACACCUGCAAGGCCCUGAACACACACGGGGAAAACACAGUGCGGGUCUCCCUGUUCGUGCAAAAGUCGAACCCGAGCGUUGUCGGCACGCAGCCUCAGGUUCAGGUCAGUCCUCAGAACAUCGAAGCCCACGAAGGAGACAACGUCCGUCUGUACUGCAGAGCGACAGGAUCCCCGACCCCGAAACUCACCUGGCUGAAGAACGGGGGUCAGAUCCCCCCCCAGGCCAUUCCCUCUCUCGGUUUCCAUCAGUUUAAAAGCAACAGUCUCGAUGUGUUACAGAGACGUAUUGAGGAGCUGCAGUCUCGUUUGGACCGCACAGAUAUUGGCACUCUGCUGAUCCCCAACAUCCAGAGGUCAGACUCAGGGACCUACAUGUGUGUGGGCAGCAACAGCGUGGGCUCCAACAGCUCGCCCCUCAAGGUGUCCGUGCUCAAAGCAGACCACGUCUCCUCAGCGGUCAGCAUCCAGCCCUCCAUCGCUGACGUUCAGGAGGGUCAGAGUCUGGAUCUCAGCUGCUUCGCCCCCGGAAACCCCCCCCCUCAGGUGACCUGGAGCAAGGCCAGCGGACGCCUGUCCUCCAACCACCAGGUGCUGGGCAGUCAGCUGAGGAUCCUCUUGGCCUCUCCAGAGGACUCUGGGGAAUACGUGUGCCGAGUUCAAGGACACUCCGGAAACUCCAACUUCCAGCAGGCGUCCGUCUCCGUGUCCGUCACCUCGUCUUCAUCACGUCUCCAGUCUCCGAUCAUCGCCAUCGAGCCUCACAGCGCAGCAGUGAGAGUCGGAGCCUCGUCCAGCUUCAGGUGCAUAGUCUACAGCGGAGCUCAGCCAAUCAGACUGCAGUGGAAACUGGCCAACAACCAACCUCUGCCCGAUAAUGUGGAGGUGAGUGCUGACGGCUCUGUGAUGACGGUCUCUAAGGCCCGCCUUCUGAACCACGGAGCCUAUCGCUGCGUCGCAUCCAACCCGUUCGGCAUCACACAAACCAUCGUGUCCCUGAUCGUGAAGGAGUCUCCUGUGGCCACGGUGACCCCUGUGGGGCCCAUCCGCGUCAGGGUGGGAGACCCCGUUAACCUGGAGUGCCAGGGGUCUGGAGAGCCCCUCCCCUCUGUGAGCUGGCACCGGCUGGACCGCAACAGGAAGACCCUGCUGAGCAGCCCCGUGCCCAUGGAGGGCAACGCUGUCAUGCAGAUCCUUGCUGCUCGCCCUGAGGACAGCGGGACGUACGUCUGCUCGGCUCGCAGCAACGAGGGCAGCUCGGAGACCCGAGUGGAGGUCCUGGUGGAGGGGGGUCUGGUGGAGGGGGGGGGUCUCCAGGAGCCCUCGCCCCCCCGAGCCUCCGUCCCUGAGCCCCUGCUGGUGGUGGUGGAGGGCCGGACCGCCACGCUGCGCUGCGAGGCCCACGGUGUCCCGCCCCCCACCAUCAGCUGGUCCAAGCUGCGCUCCCCCCUCCCCUGGAGACACUCUGUGACGGGGGGCAGUCUCGUUCUGCCCUCUGUCGGACGCCAGGACUCUGGAGAGUAUAUCUGCAGCGCCACCAACAGCCUGGGGGCGAGCGAGGUCACCGUCACUCUGGACGUAGAGACCCCUCCCUACGCCACCUCGAUGCCCGAUGAUGUUGCAGUGCGGGUGGGGGAGGUGAUCCGGCUGCAGUGCCUUGCUCAUGGGACCCCCCCCCUCACCUACACCUGGAGCAAGCUGGACGGAGAGCUGCCCCCCCGAGCGCAGCUCAGCGGGGGGGACCUGCAGAUCAACCUGGCCACCGCAGAGGAUGCUGGGAGUUAUAAGUGCGUCGCCAGCAACAAGGUGGCCGACAGCGAGGUGAUCGCUAGAGUCACCGUGAGAUCCCCCCUGGCGGUGAAGGUCUCCCCCCAGGUGGAGGUGAAGGCUCAGGGCAGCGCGGUGGAGUUCACCUGUUCUGCAGCUGGAGGUCUGGAGACUAAGGUGGAGUGGCUCAAAGAGGGAGGAGCUCUCCCCCCCAACCACCACAUCAAGGACGGCGUGCUCAGGAUUGAGAACCUGGAGCAGAGCAAUGAAGGCGUUUAUAUCUGCAGAGCAAGCAGUGCGUACGGACAGGCUCAGGACACCGCCAGACUCACCAUCCAAGCCCUGCCGAAGGUGAUGAUAAACGUCCGUACGUCGGUGCAGACGGUGAUGAUCGGUAACUCGGUGGAGUUUGAGUGCCAGGCGGUGGGCGACCCUGAGCCCACGGUGAAGUGGAGUAAAGUGGGCGGGUCUCUGCCCUCCCACAUCAUGGUGAAGGAAGGCAUGCUGAGGAUCGACCAGGUGACGGAGGCCGACGCAGGGCAGUACCGCUGCACCGCCACCAACGACGUGGGGUCCGUGCAGAGCCAGGUGGUGCUCAAUGUCCAGUCUCUCCCUCAGAUCGCAUCGCUGCCUGAAACCAAAGAGGUGACGGUCGGCUCUGACGCCGUGCUGCCAUGCGUGGCGUCCGGAUACCCUCUCCCCGAGAUCAGAUGGUCCAAGGUGGAAGGAGAGCUUCCUCCCAAGUGUUUCCAGGAUGUCAACGUUCUGACGGUUCCUCGGGUCACCCAGGAGGAUUCUGGGACGUACGUGUGCACCGCCUCCAACAAGCAGGGGAAGGUGGAGGCCUUCACUUCGCUGCAGGUCCACGAGAGAGUGAUGCCGUAUUUCGCCCAGGAGCCGCUGUCCUACCUCACGCUGCCCACCAUCAAGAACGCUUACCGGGCUUUCAGCAUCAGAAUCUCCUUCAGGCCCGAUAACGGAGACGGUCUCAUUUUGUACGCUGGAAUGAUCCUCUAUAACGGCCAGAAGAGGAGCACCGGAGCAGACUUCAUCUCUCUGGGACUGGUGUGGGGGCGACUGGAGUUCAGGUUUGACGUGGGCUCGGGCAUGGCCACCAUCAGAGACCCCCUCCCUGUUAAGCUGGGGGAGUUCCACACGGUGGAGCUGCAGAGGAACAACACGCUGGGGUCCAUCCGGGUCGACGGGGGGGAGCCCAUCAGCGGGAAGUCACAGGGGAAGUUCCAGGGUCUGGAUCUGAACGAGGAUCUGCACGUGGGGGGGUACCCCAACUACACCAGCCUCGCCAAGACCGCCGGCAUCAAGAGCGGCUUCGUGGGGUGUAUCCAGCAGCUGCUGAUCCAGGGGGACGAGGUGAUCUUCAAGGACCUGGGCCGGAGCUCCAUCGGAGUCUCAAACUGCCCCACCUGCAAGGACCAGCCCUGCCAGAACGCGGGUCAAUGUGAGGACUCAGAGGCCAGCCUGUAUCAGUGCAGCUGCCCCCGAGGGUUCACAGGGAGCAACUGCCAGCACCACUCCUCCCUGCACUGCCACGCAGAGGCCUGCGGUCCGGACGCCACCUGCAUCAACCGUCAGAACGGACUCGGGUACGACUGCCGCUGCCACCUGGGGAAGUCCGGAGACAAGUGCAUGCAGGGCGAGCUGGUGACGACCCCCCUGUUUGACGGCGAGGCCUCGUACAUCGCCUACCCCCCCCUCAGCAUCGUGCACGACGACCUGAAGGUGGAGCUGGAGUUCAAGCCGCUGCACGCCAACGGCCUGAUGUUCUUCUGCGGGGGGAGGAAGAUGAAGGUGGAGGACUUUGUCUCCGUGUCCAUGGUGGACGGACACGUGGAGUUCAGAUACGAGCUGGGGACAGGCCAGGCGGUCCUGCUCAGCUCUGCCCCGGUGUCUCUGGGCCAGUGGCACCGCGUGGUGGCGGAGCGCAUCAAGAGGGCGGGGGUCCUGCAGGUGGACCGGGGGCCCCUGGAGAGGAAGACGUCUCCGGGGAAAGCCCAGGGCCUCAACAUCCACACACACAUGUUCCUGGGGGGGGUCCCCACCGCCGACAUCCUGCCCAAACCGGCCAACAUCAGCCACAUGUUCCAGGGCUGCAUCGGAGAGGUGUCGAUCAACAACAAGAAGCUGGACCUGUCCUACAGCUUCACAGAGAGCCGGGGGGUCUCCAGCUGUGUGGACGGCAGCCCAUGUGACCGCAGACCCUGCCUCAACGCAGGAACCUGCAUGUCCAGCGCAGAGUACGAGUUCCAGUGCCUCUGCAGGGACGGGUUCGAGGGAGAGCGCUGCGAGGUGGUGAAGGAGGCGUGUCAGAACAACCUGCAGUGUGUGAACGGAGGCAGCUGUGAAGACGGACAGUGUGUGUGUGCAGCCGGACACACAGGGCCCAACUGUGAGGAGAGCCACGCUUCCAGCCCCCCCGCCGCCCUGCUGAGUUUGGAGGGUAGCGAGUCCAAUGACUCUCCGUACCAGUAUGCCGCUCACUUCCAGGACGAUGGAUAUAUCGCUCUUCCUAAAACCGUCUUCCCAAGAAGCGCCCCCAACUCCCCAGAGACCCUCGAGCUGGAGAUCAACACCAGUUCCUCUGAGGGUCUGAUCCUCUGGCAGGGAGUGGAGACCAAAGGCAGAAAGGUGCAUGCUAUUAAAAAGGAAGUGGGAGAACACGGGAAAGGAAAAGACUUCAUCAGCCUCGGCCUGCAGGACGGACACCUGGUCUUCAGUUUCCAGCUGGGCAGCGGAGAGGCAGUGAUCCGGUCCCAGAGGUCCAUCAAUGAUGAGAGAUGGCACAAAAUCACAGCUGUCAGGACUGGGAAAAACGGAUUCAUCCAGAUCGACGGAGGAGCAGAACUGCACGGUCAGUCUAAGGGCCGGAGCCUCAUGGUGAACACCAAGGGAAGCCUGUACCUCGGCGGGGCUCCCAACAUGGCGGCGAUGACAGGAGGGAAGUUCCUGUCUGGGAUUCGGGGCUGCGUGAGGAAUCUUUCUGUGAUGAACGCGACAAACAUCGACCUGCAGACACACGCAGGCGUCAACGUGCAGCCCUGCGCCUCAUAAACACACACACACACACACACACACACACACACACACACACACUAACACACACACACACACACACACACACA